UCUCUAGCACGGUCAGCUGAUUUUACCAUCUCAAUUGAAAAAAUGGAUGCGAAACCCAAACGAUCAUUUAAGCGCCCGUUUGCCUUUCCCAAGAACUGUGUGUACCGCCCACUACGGCAGAUAAGCAAUAUGGAGCGGAAUCUAAAGCUGCCCGCCGGAAGACCCACCUACUUCACGCUCAAUGCACCGCCCUCGUUGGUUCCGGCCAAGAAAUAUUCGGACAUCAGCGGUCUGCCCGCUCCAUAUGCCGAUCCGCACACCAAGCUGAGGUUCGCCAAUGCCGAUGAGUACGCCUCCAUGCAGCACAUGCCCUCGGACAUCAUCAAUGGGUACUUAACAGUGCGCGGCUAUACGAGCGCCGUGGGAUAAUGCGUCUAUAUAGCAUAUAUAUCCCAUACAUACGAUGUGUUCCGCCCCUGGAGGCACUGCCCGAGGCCUUGCGAUCCGACCACCACUCACAAUAGCCAAUUACGGAGCUGCUGGCCUUACUUUUACUGGCAUUGCGUGUUAGGCUAUUGAUUUCAAAUGUUUGGCUGACUGCUUCCUGGCUGUAACUCUACAUUCAAGGGGAUAAGCACACUAAGCCACAAGCCACACCAAUAAUUCCUUCAUGCUAGUUUUUGCAACUUUCUUAGCCUUAAAUCUUUAGAAAUUUGGGUAUUUUUGACUGUAACAUUGGGUUUCUUAGGUUCAAGGUGGGAUUACUACCUUGGGGGUCGAAAAUUGUAAAAGUUAACAAAGGAGAAAUACCACCUAAGUCAUAAUGAAAAAAUAAACAUUUCAACUAGCGAUACGUGCAAAUUUGAAAA